UGCAAACACCAGUAUCAAUCUUUCAACCUUUUUGGAAGAAUUUAGCCUUUUUCACCAGUUUUUCUGUCCCAGAUAAUUCAACACCAGUUAAACUUGUGCACUAUCUCAUUUGAGGUAGGCUUUUUCUAAUUAUCACAUACAUAAAAUCCUCCUCUCAAUCUAUUUCCAACCAUUAUUCUUUUAAAAAAAUCUACUUUGAUAAAUUAUUACACACGUAAUUUUGAGCAAAUAUUUAGGAGGGUAAUAAGUGAUCAAUAAUGGAUCAAGCAUGGUGGUUAGAUUUCUUUACAGGAAUGCUGAAGCCCGUUGCGGCGUUGGCAGUUGUUCUGUUGGCGGUCGUGUUGUCGUAUUUUCAGAAGCUGGAAUUAGAAGGAGAGAUGAUCUACUCCAUUUUCCGAGCUUUUGUUCAGCUUUCUAUUAUUGGUUUUGUUCUUCAGUUCAUCUUUACUCAGAGCAAUAUUUUGUGGAUUCUUGUUGCUUAUCUUUUCAUGGUAAGUGUGGCAGGAUACACAGCAGGGCAGCGUGCAAAGCACGUGCCACGAGGGAAGUAUGUGGCAGGUGCUUCAAUAUUGAUAGGAACAGCAGUGACAAUGUUAACAUUAGUAGUACUGAAUGUGUUUCCUUUUACACCGAGGUAUAUCAUUCCUGUUGCUGGUAUGAUGGUUGGCAAUGCUAUGACUACUACUGGUGUUACCAUGAAGAGACUUCGAGAUGAUAUUAAGAUCCAAAUUAGCUUGGUAGAGACAGCAUUAGCACUUGGGGCAACACCACGUCAAGCAACAGUGGAACAAGUGAAAAGAUCAUUAGUAAUUGCCCUCUCCCCGGUAUUGGACAAUGCUAAAACAGUUGGGCUAAUUUCUCUUCCAGGAGCAAUGACUGGUAUGAUUAUGGGUGGUGCAUCACCUUUGGAAGCCAUUCAACUACAAAUUGUGGUUAUGAACAUGUUACUAGGAGCCUCCACAGUUAGUUGUAUCAUAUCUACUUAUCUAUCUUGGCCUAAUUUUUUCACUAAAGCUUAUCAGUUGGAAGCUAAGGUUUUUUCUUCUGAAUGAUGCCUUUGUUGUCGUGGUUGACAUUUGUAGUCCUGCCUCUAUCUAACAUGGCUUUUUCAAUACAGAUGGUUAGAGAUGGUACAAACUUUAUUACUCCUUUCGUUUACAAUGCUUGUUAAGAGAUUCUAUGAAAAAUGAAAUCUAAUAUUUAAUGA